UCCACCCUGCGGCAUUAGGACCGAACAGCAAAUUCGCCAGACGGAAGAGGCAGGAGGGCUGUGUGUGUGUCCGAACUGGAGCUUUGGCCGGAGUUGGAGAGAAGAAGAAGGGUUGGAGCUGCUGCGCUUCCUCGUCCUCGGAAGCUCUGGAGUUCCCGUAAUCGGAGGCUAGACGGACUGACUUGGGCCGGGCAGGAGACGUCCUCCUGCUUCUGACUGGAUGACCGGCGCCUCUUUUCAGAACUGCUUUUGUUCCUUGGGAAUAUUUCUGGCCAGAUGGACUGCCUCUUUUCUUCCCUAGAAACCAGCAGACUGAACUUUUGGACUACAAUUCCCAUUAGUCCCUACUAGCUGAUCGGGAUUUGCUGCUGGAUUGCCCCCUCCCAAAAUUCUCUAAGACUUGCCUGUCUCCUUCACACCCUUUUACCACACAAGAUGGAUCCAUCCCACUCCUUCUUUCCACCUGGAUUUUAACAUGAUCCCCAGUGCCAGCUGGAACUCCAGCCAUUGUUCCCUCCCUCUUCUUGAUAUGGCAGUGGUGGGUGAAGACCCUGCCGUAUUUACCACGGAUACUCUACCUUCUGAUGCCAGACUCCUCCCAACAUUGACCAAUGCCUAUCUGGGCACCCGAGUCUAUAGGGACAUCCUUCAUGUCAACGGAGUGUACAAUGGAGCAGUUGGAGAGACACAUCGGGCUGAUCUCCCCAGUCCCGUUAAUGUCAAAAUGGAUGUGGAAGGGGCUGAUGACCUGAGGGAGACCUUCUGUUUGGACACCAGGACAGGGACGUAUAUCCAUACAGCUCAGUGCUCAGAACAUUCAGCUACUCACAGAAUCUAUGCCCACCGUUCUCUUAUCCAUCUUCUGGCUUUCAGCGUAACAAUCGCAAGAUCAGCUCCGGAAGCUAAACCCAUCAAAGUGAAUCUCCACACCCAGUUCAAACCAGAGAGUCCAGACCUGGACUUGCAGAAAGGGCCAGAUUUCCUGGGAGCUCACUAUCUAUAUGGGAAGACAUUAGUCCCAGAAGUAGAGGGUGGCCCCCAGCCUACCGUACACAUGAUCUGGACCCCGGUGCCCCAAUCAGUGACUCUCCCUGGAGACCAGAAGGAGCAGAGAUGGGAGUUCCUCACUGCCGUAGCGGAGUCUGAAGAGGUUGUGCAAAGGACCUUUUGUGAAGGGAUGUCCCUGAUUGGAUCUGGUUCCUUAUAUCUGUCCCACUUCCAGGCUUGGGCAGAGCUCUGGGAAGGCUGCUGUGUAGAUGUGGACGGCCCUCUUCCCUUCAGCCAGGCCAUAUAUGGUUGCCUGUAUUACCUGCUGAGUGCCAUUCCUCCUCUGGGCUCUGCUAACUUCCCUUUUUCUGGAAUCAGCCCAGGAGGCCUUUCCAACGGCACAUCCGGUGAAGACUACUGGGGCCAUGUCUUCUGGGACCAGGUGAGCAGAAGGAACCGCCCCAGUUUUCUACUGCUGGUUGAAGUGGAGAUGAAUUGGGGAAGAUGCUGCCUGUCAUGGCAAAGACCUGGUCAUCUAUUGUCCUGCAGCUAGUGUUAGCGUUUUGUGAUACACAUGCAAAGACUAAAAGGUGUUGUGAAUUUUAUCCAGUUCCAUCU